CCAAAAAAGUUGGAUGAUCAUAAUCCUUUCAGCAACUUUCUUGAUCUCCUCCUCCAACUUCGUCUUCAUCAAAGCUAAAACCUUUCAAAAACCCACCUUAAAUUCGCAGAUGCUCCGAGCCAAUAAUCUGAGACGCUCUCUCCAGUCGGUCCUCCACCGCCACCAACCUUUUAAACCCCCUUCCGCUACCGGCUCCGCCGCUGCCCGGCCUUUUGCUCCGCGCCCCUUUUGCUCUUUACCCAAUCCACCGCCCUCUUCCACCACCGACGCCGAACUUCGCAAAUACAUUGGAUACACCAUCCUCCUCCUGGGCUGCGGCGCCGCCACAUACUACUCCUUCCCAUUUCCCGAAGAUGCCAAGCACAAAAAGGCCCAGCUUUUCCGCUACGCCCCUCUGCCUCCCGACCUCCACACUGUAUCCAACUGGAGCGGCACGCACGAAGUCCAAACCCGCACUUUUGUACAGCCCGAAACAAUUUCGGAGCUCGAAGCUGUAGUCAAAGAAUGCAAUGAGAAAAAGCAGAAGAUCCGGCCUGUUGGGUCAGGUCUCUCACCGAAUGGGAUUGGGCUGACUCGUGCUGGGAUGGUGAAUUUGGCUUUGAUGGAUAAGGUUUUGGAGGUGGAUGAGAAAAAUAAGAGGGUUAGAGUGCAGGCGGGAAUAAGGUUUCAGCAGCUUGUUGAUGGGAUUAAAGAGUAUGGACUUACUUUGCAGAAUUUUGCUUCCAUUAGGGAGCAGCAGAUUGGCGGCAUUGUUCAGGUUGGAGCGCACGGAACUGGCGCAAGGUUGCCUCCCAUAGAUGAGCAAGUUAUCAGCAUGAAACUUGUUACUCCUGCCAAGGGGACAAUUGAAGUCUCUAAAGAGAAAGAUCCAGAGCUCUUUUAUUUAGCUCGCUGUGGUCUUGGAGGGCUUGGUGUUGUUGCGGAGGUCACGCUACAGUGUGUUGAGAGGCAGGAGCUUGUAGAGCAUACAUAUGUAUCUAGCAUGAAAGAGAUAAAAAAGAAUCACAAAAAACUUCUGUCUGAAAACAAGCAUGUCAAAUACCUUUAUAUUCCAUAUACUGAUACAGUUGUGGUUGUGAGGUGUAAUCCUCUAUCAAAAUGGAAAGGCCCACCAAAGUAUAAACCCCAGUAUACUCAGGAAGAGGCUAUACAGCAUGUGAGAGACCUCUAUCAGGAAUCAUUGAGGAAGUACAGGAAAGGAACUGUCACAUCAAAUACUUCUGAGGAAAAUGAACCAGAUAUCAAUGAACUUUCAUUUACGGAACUUAGGGAUAAGCUACUUGCCCUGGAUCCCCUCAAUAAAGAACACAUUAGGAAGGUCAAUCAGGCAGAGGCAGAAUUCUGGAGAAAGUCAGAGGGAUAUAGAGUAGGCUGGAGUGACGAAAUUCUGGGCUUUGAUUGUGGUGGGCAACAAUGGGUCUCAGAAACCUGUUUCCCAGCCGGAAGCCUAUCAAAACCUAGUAUGAAAGAUCUAGAAUACAUAGAACAAUUGAUGCAGCUUAUUGAGAAAGAAAAUAUACCUGCUCCUGCACCUAUUGAGCAGAGAUGGACUGCACGCAGCAGAAGCCUCAUGAGUCCAGCUUAUAGCGCAUCAGAGGACGACAUAUUCUCAUGGGUUGGUAUAAUUAUGUAUCUUCCUACAAUGGAUGCUCGCCAGAGGAAGCAAAUCACUGAAGAAUUUUUCCACUACCGGCAUCUGACCCAAGCACAUUUGUGGGAUCAAUAUUCAGCUUAUGAACAUUGGGCUAAGAUUGAGGUCCCAAAGGACAAAGACGAGCUUGCUGCUCUGCAGGCAAGAUUAAGGAAGAGAUUUCCUGUGGAUGCAUACAAUAAAGCAAGAAACGAGCUUGAUCCUAAUCACAUCCUUUCUAACAAUGUGCUGGAGAAACUGUUCCCUGCUGCAGGGACUUUGUGAUGAGUGUAAAUCCUUGGUUAGUAUGACGCAUACUGGCAAAUGUUUCUUUGGCUCUAGAAUGGUGGUGGGGGACUUUGUGAUGUGUAAAUCCUUGGUUAGUAUGACGAAUACUGGCAAAUGUUUCUUUGGCUCUAGAGUGGUGGUGGCCUUUCAUUUAGCCGAAUUGAUGACACACAUAUCAGCCAUUACAUUGAUUGUACAUUCAAUUUUAAAGUGCUUUUAGUUCACAUCAUUAGCCUUGUGCUGAAGCAUAGAAAGAAAGCAUAAACUAAGAAAUAGUUAUUGGGAUGUUCAAUUUUUUUCUAUGGGGUGCUCCAUACGUAGAGCAACUCUUUCUUUUGUCACGACUGGCAAUAAAUUUUGUGCUUCAAGUGUUGUAUCCUUGAGUGCUAUUUCUUAUUUGGAUAAUGAAGGUUGUGUGCUACCCUGUAGAUCCUCAUCAGACAUGUUUUGACAUUUACUAUUUUGCUACCUUUUUAA